AUGUGGAAAGAAGACGGUGGAGAGACAAGUGUAGAGUGGCACUGGCGGAACACAUCGCUUCGGACAGGGAUCACUAUUCCGACUUCUGAAAUUCGCCUAAUCACAUCGUCCAAAGACCUGUAUAGAUGGGAAUGGCUUCCAGAAGCGAAAGAAAUAUUCACCAAGCAUUUAAGUGAGCACUCAACAGGAGCCUACAGAAAGAUUUUCGAAGGUAUAGGGCAAACAUUUGAAGCCGUACUCAGCGAGGAUCAUGGUAGUGAUGAACGCGUAAAUAAAACAGAAACAACAAGUUUCACAGUACAGAUUGAACAAUUGGAGAACAGGAUUCAUUGUUUGGAAAACAUAAUUCAGGAACGAGACAUUGAUUUGAUGAAACACAAAGCAAACCAGGGCAAAUUAAAGGCAGAUUUGGAUUCAAUGAGAGAUAAAUACAGAAUUCAAGAGCAGGAGAUUCAAUCUUGGAUGAAAAGGGCCGAAGAUGCAGAGCAAAUCGCCAAUAGGUAUUCUGAGGAAGUAAGCAAGAUGUUGCCUGUCUUUCAAAACCUACAGAACAGCACAGUGGCGGGCGACUCUUCCCAUUUGAGGGACUGA